GGACUACAGACACCGCCCUAGCCAUCAUGGAGGUGGCUGACGCGGAAAGUCCUCUGAACCCCAGCUGUAAGAUAAUGACCUUCAGACCCUCCAUGGAGGAGUUCCGGGAGUUCAACAAAUACCUCGCAUACAUGGAGUCUAAAGGAGCCCAUCGCGCGGGUCUUGCAAAGGUGAUUCUCCUAAGGAGUGGAAGGCUAAGACAGUGCUAUGAUGACAUUGAUAAUUUGCUCAUUCCAGCACCAAUUCAGCAGAUGGUCACAGGGUGUCAACUGUUCACUCAGUACAACAUCCAAAAAGCAAUGACUGUGAAGGAGUUCAGCAGCUGCCACACAGGGCAAGUGGUUGCCUAA